ACGAUGAGUAAACAGGAAAAAAAGAACUUUGCAUGAAAUCUCGCGAGAAAUCACACAGUUUCGACUGAGAGUUGGUUACCAUGGUGAAUGACGCUCAGGAGUUCGUUUGACAUUAACAGCGCCGUUUAGUUCGCUAAUUUAUCUGAUGAUUUAACUACAUUUCGACUUCAAGACACAACAAUGUCCACAAAGAGGCAUAAAAAGAAAGCAGAUGAGGCAAACGCUGAGGAGGAGGCCUCGAAAAAUACAGGACUGACACCAAAUGAAAAACUGCCUGCUCAGACCUUUGAUGAAUAUCAGUGCUCAGGCAAUGUGGAGAUUGACUUCCCGGCCCUUUGUGUUCUUCUGGAUAUGACGGAUAUCCCAGCUGUCAGAACCAAGCAACCAGCCUCCUCCACCACUGAAACUGAAGGAGGAGACACAGAGGACAGUCAGUGGAAGCGGAAGUGUCUCCAAGUGGAGCUGGAGAACGAAGACCCCCUCAGUGCAAACAACAUGAAGGUUAUUGGAUGGAAGGUAGAUGAGCAGACUGCCAGAGUGCUACAGAAGAUGCUUCUCUCCUUGAAUAAGCUACAGAGCCUUCAGUUUUGGCAGACGGGGCUGACAGAUCGAAUGCUAAUCUCCCUCAUGAACACAAUAUCACUGUGCUCCAACCUCAGGGUUGUGACAUUGGAAGGAAACCCUCUUCCAGAGCAGAGCUUCCACAUUCUUCUCUCUGAAGACAGUGUCCUCACUCACUUGUACCUGCGAAACAACCGGAUAGGAGACGAGGGAUGUCGUCUAAUUGGGUCAGCUCUCUCAAGAGCUGCUAACAAGAACCUCAUGUCACUCAACCUGUCAUUCAAUUCUAUCUGUGAUGCAGGUGCUACACAUAUCGCACAGGGCCUGCGGCUCAAUCGUUCACUUCUCAUUCUCUCACUGUCCAACAAUCAGAUUGGAGACUCAGGAGCUGCUCAUCUGGCUGCGAUACUUGGUGAGUUUGCUCUCACUCAUGAAGAAGUUGUGGAGAGGAGGAAGUUGCUUCUGGAAAGAACGCAGUCUUCAUCUUUGAGGGUCGAUGCUGAGCAGCCUGGUGAGCAGCUUCCCUCAGUAGCCAGCAGCAGUUCACUGAGCGCCAGCAAAGGGGAGAGCAAAAGCAAAAAAAAGGAAACAUCCAAAAGAGAGGAGAAACCAGCUGCAAGCAAAGAGAACCCAAAGUCUAACAAGAAAUCUACUGAUAUAAAGGCUUCUCAAAGUAAAGGUGGCAAGCAGGGCGGCAAAGACAAACAAUCUGCACAAGAGGAUAAAUCAAAUGUUACCCUGAAUGAGGGAGAGACGGUGGAGAUAUUGAACCCCCUGCUGGAUCAGUCGGUGCAGUACAGGGACGGGGAGCUAAUUCUGCCUGGCAACACGACUCUCACCUCCCUCAACCUGUCAAGAAACAGAAUCACAGAGAAGUCGCUGCCUCUUUUCUUGAAGUCACUGGAGAUGCAGAGUGACGGAGGUCUGCUGCAUCUCUGUCUGCAGAAAAACCGCUUCCCAGCAGAGUGUGAGCGUUAUGUGAAGAUAAAGGAGCUGAUGACUCUCAGAGAUCCACUUAGACCGAGGGAGGAAAAACAGGCUGAAUAGCACUGAGGGAACAAAUCUACUCUUAACGACGUAUACUGUUUACUCUUAAUUUGGUAAAUAAGAAUAAAAAGACAAAUUUA